CAUCGCGGUCACGGGUCUCAACCCUCGCCUUCACGGUCUCCUCGCCCUCGCCCCCACCCCACAACCCCUACCCCUUACCCGCCAUUGCCUAGGAGGCUAGGACCGGAACCCCCCCCCCCCUCCCGCUCGCAAUCUUAUCCGAAUCGCAUCGCCAUGGAGGCCGUGCGGGCGUCGGCGGCGUGGGUGGCCAGCCACUCCUCCCAUGUCACGGUCGACCUGCAAGAGAUUGAAAAGGUGGUGGACAAAAUCCAGGGAAACGUUCCGAAAGUUGAGUGGGAUUUCGAAGGAAUUCAUUACUUUGACAAUGGUCCGCUCACUGUCCAGUAUCUCUUCGUCUUGGAUGCACUUAACUUCUGCUUCUGGCCAGAUAAGGACUUGAGCUAUGACCAUUUGGCUUCUGGUCUAAAAUUAGCCUUAGAGAAAGAUAAGACAGCCCUUGAUGCAAAUCGUCUUCAGAAUUACACUGGCCCCCAGCUCCGCCAACUUCUGAACUGGCCACGGCCACUGCCAAUUGAGGAGGAAAGAGUACGCCUUCUUCAUGAGGUUGGUCUGGAACUUGAGAGAAGCUUUGGAGGCGAGGCCGCUAAUCUAGUGAAGUCUGCUGGAAACUCUGCUGCAACUCUUAUUGAACUCAUUACCCGUCAUUUUCCUGGUUUUCGGGAUCAUUCACUUUACAAGGGGCACCAGGUUUUCUUGUACAAGAGAGCUCAGAUAUUUGUUGCUGAUUUGUGGGGCGCCUUCAAGGGACAAAACUACGGCGAGUUCUACGACAUAAACUCCAUCACAAUAUUUGCUGACUACAUUGUUCCUGCAGUUCUGAGGGAGCUUGGCAUUCUGAAAUACGGUUCCAACUUAUCUUGCUCAAUCGAUUCGAACAGUGAGAUCGUGCCUGGAAGUGAGGAGGAAGUGGAGAUACGUGCUUGUUCCAUUUAUGCAGUGGAGAAAAUGAGGGAUCUGAUCAGCAAAAAGUUUGGAAAGAAGCUUCUGAGCAUUGACAUUGAUCUCUGGCUCUGGUCGUGCGGCGUUCAGAACAUGGCGCUGUCGCAUCACCGCACCCUAUCGAUCUACUAUUGAGGCGAGUAGGCUUCAUCAGCUGCACCGUGCGCGCGCGUUCAGUGUCCGUGGCUUGUUCCUCUUGACUGUAACUGUUAUAGGUACUGAAAGUUUUGUCCCCUUUGGAGCGCACAAAAAGUGCUAAGCUAUUGUAGGGUCAUCAGUAUCACACCAAGACGAAUGGUGUUGAUGGUACAACAUUAUGAGACUAGAACAGCUCGAGUUUUCGGAUUAAUUGUAGCCUUAGGGGGUGCAUGUUUCCUUUUACCAGGAUUAAUCUAGUUGGAUGCAUCUGAACACAAGUAAUUACCGUCAAUUUGCUUUCUGCCAUGUAUUUCAA